GAAAAAAAUCUUACUUUUUAAUGGUCAUCGACCGCCACCGUGCCUCUCCGCCCCGUCGGUGAAAGUCGACGUCCAAAUACUGCAAGAGUGCGAACAUAAAUAUCUCCCACCCCUCAGGGGAUCUUUCUUCCAUCCAUCGCAGACGAACGGAUUAGAUCCAUCACGAAAUUGCAUGUGUGUUUUCCGAUCUGAACCCCCGUCCUGUUCGAGUGGGUAGGGUUUUGGCCACGUUCGAGAGGGGAGCAGUCGACAGAUCACCGAAAGAAAGGUGUGAAGAAUGGCUUUUGCAAAUAGAAUUGGAAAUCUCUUGAAGAAUUCUGUAACUUUAAGUCCAUCGUUAAAUCAAGCAAUACGGUGCAUGUCAUCCUCAAAGGUUUUUGUUGGAGGACUUUCAUAUGGCACAGAUGAUUACAGUUUAAGAGAAGCAUUUACUAAUUAUGGUGAAGUUGUAGAAGCUAGAGUUAUCAUGGACAGGGAGACAGGAAGGUCUAGAGGAUUUGGGUUUGUGACUUUUACGUCUAGUGAAGAAGCCUCUGCUGCCAUUAGUGGCAUGGAUGGAAAGGAUCUUCAUGGCCGGAUAGUAAGGGUUAACUACGCCAUGGAACGAUCGGGUGGAUUUCGUGGUGGCUAUGGUGGAGGGGGCUUUGGCAGUGGUGGUGGAUAUGGCGGUGGUGGAGGCAGUUACGGAAGCAGUGGUCAUGGUCGUGGAGGAGGUUAUGGAAGUGGCGGUAAUGGUGCAAGUAAUUAUGGUGGAGAAAGUUACAAUACUGGACCUCGUGGUGGUGGUGGUGGCUUUGGUGGUAGUAGCUAUGGAGGAUAUGAUGGUAUGAACACCGUGGGUAGUAAUUAUGGUGUUGUCGGGGGUGACGACGGUCGUGACAGUUCCAUCGGCAGGGCUGAUGGUACUUAUGGUGGUGGUACUGGUAAUUACAGGGGAAACAACAGAGUAUACCAUUGUAGCGAGAGUGGUAACAACGACAGUGCUGCUACAGUCAGUGGCAACAAUGCCAAAUAUGACGAUGAUACUGGUGCUUAUGAUGGCAGUGGAUCAACCAAGGAUGGCAAUGACGAUCAGGAUUUGUUUGAAGAUGAUAUUAAGGAUGAUGAUGAUGAGCCUGAUGACUAUGCCAAUAAGCGAAGCCAAUGACCAAACAAGCAUGUGUAUCUUGCCUUAUGUUCCAGUGAUUUGGAGGUGUGCAUUAGAAUAUAAACAUGUGAAGUUUGAUUUUGGUAUAGAACGUAAAGAACAUUUUUUAUUACUGUUAUAGUUACUUUGAUGCUUCUACUUUGUCACCUGUGAAGUUUUGUUUUAUAUUUAUCGAUUAACGUAUUGUGAAGUGAUCCUACUCAA